AUGGCCACUCUAGCUCGGUCCUUCUCGUCCGACAGCCCGAGUGUUGCAGUGAUAGUCCCUCAUAAGCCGUCGGCCUUGUCGGUCUCCUACAAGCAGCUGCAUGCCCAUGUCGCUGACUUUCAAGCCAAGCUUGCUAGACUGGGGGUUGGCCAUGGAGCUGCAGUGUCACUGGCUCUCGUCAAUUCCUUUGAAUUCAUCGUCUCAUUCUUGGCUGCAUCAUGGCAGCGAGCCAUCGCAGCUCCCCUCAACCCGGCGUACAAGCAGGAGGAAUUUGAGUUUUACAUCGACGAUCUCAGCUCUUCCCUGGUGUUGAUUCCGCGGGGCUCUUUUGCGCAGAACGGUCCUGCUGUGCAGGCCGGUAGGAAAUACAACGCUGCCAUCGCGGAGUGUUACUGGGAUGGGAAGGAGGUUGUACUGGACGUCAAGGAACUGGGCAAACUUGCUGGAAAGGGCAACAUUGGUGUCCUCGAGGCACAGCCUGAUGAUGUUGCCCUUGUUUUGCACACAAGUGGGACAACUGGUAGACCCAAAGCCGUAUGGUCCAUCAACGCACUGAACGAGACAAUCAUACUGAUCAUAAUGUGGGAGCAGGUCCCGUUAACACACAAGAACCUUGUCACAACCAUGAAGAACAUCCGGGAUACAUAUCAGUUAACUCCCGAGGACCGUACGUACUUGGUGAUGCCUCUAUUUCACGUUCAUGGGCUGCUGGCCGGCUUCCUCGCCCCUCUCUUUUCUGGAGGCUCUGUGAUAGUACCUCUCAAGUUCUCUGCCUCGGAGUUCUGGCAAGAUUUCGUCACUCACCAGGCGAACUGGUACACCGCUGUGCCUACGAUCCACCAGAUCCUCCUAAAGACCCCUCUGCCGAAUCCCAUUCCCAAGAUCCGCUUUAUCCGCUCGUGUUCGUCACCUCUUUCUCCCAAGACUUUUGAGGAUCUGGAGAAAACAUUCAAGGCCCCCGUGCUGGAAGCGUACGCGAUGACAGAGGCGGCCCACCAGAUGACGAGUAGCCCUCUCCCACCGGGAAAACGCCAACCCGGCAGUGUCGGAAUCGGACAAGGCGUAGAGGUCAAGAUCCUCGAUCAAGCUGGCGACGAAGUGCCUCAGGGCACGGAGGCGGAGAUUUGCGUCCGUGGUGAAAACGUGACCAAGGGGUACCUGAACAACCCGGCCGCCAACAAGUCGUCCUUCACCAAGGACGGUUUCUUCCGCACGGGCGACCAGGGUAAGAAGGACCGCGACGGCUACGUUAUCAUCACCGGUCGUAUCAAGGAGCUCAUCAACAAGGGCGGAGAGAAGAUCAGCCCUAUCGAACUUGACAACACGCUGUUGUCUCAUCCCAAGGUUGCGGAAGCGGUCUGUUUCGCCAUUCCAGACGAGGGCCACUAUGGGGAGGAUAUUGGAGCCGCGGUCGUGUUGAAGAGUGCCGGCUCUGCAACCGAGGCGGAUCUCAAGGCAUGGGUGGCCGGGAAGCUGGCCAAAUUCAAGACCCCGAAGCAGGUCUGGAUAGUCGCACAGAUUCCAAAGACGGCAACGGGAAAAAUCCAGCGUCGCAAGGUGGCAGAGGCGAUGCUCCAGCCUAAGGCGAAGCUGUAG